CUUUAAAUGUCUGUCACGGUUUGUGAGUUUUUAAAGGGACAGUACUGUUCCUCUGCAUGUGCUUUGUGCUUCCUCCGUUUUAUAAGCUCCCAAAGUCUUUCUUCCCUCUUUGUCCCACUAAUCCCACGAAGCAGCCAACUCUCUCUCUCUUCCCCUAAAAGGUCAGUGCUUAGCUGAAAUUUACAUAAAGUAACAAAAACCAAACACAAUUUUUCAAUCUCUCUCUCUCUCUCUCUCUCUCUCUACCUCUCCAAUACCAAACAUGUCACAAUCUUCUUCUUCUUCUUCUUCUUCUUCAUCUUCUUCUCCUUCUUCAUCUUCUUCUCCUAUAUGGUUGUAUUCUUACAUAAAGCUUAAAUUCUUUAAUCGAAUCCGACGGUUCCUGCGUUCCAAAACUGCUCGCAAGCGAUGCAUGACAACAGUUGGAUUCCAAACGCCAAAACCCAACAGCAAAGGUGUCAUCACCUGCAACAACGAAGUAGCAGAAGUUGCUGAAGUGGCUAUGGAGAUGGAGACGGAGAUGAUCAGUGGUAGGGAGGAUGAUAUGGUGGGGUUGCAAAGGGCCGUGAAGAGGCUUCACUUCGGGAGCCGGGAUGAGAAAGAGAUGGCGGCUAAGGAGAUUCAGAGAUUAGCCAAAGACGACGUCAAGGUCAAGAAGUUGGUGGCAGAGCUUGGUGUUAUACCUGUGUUGGUUAACAUGGCUGCUUCUGAUGUGAUCGAUCGCCGUCGAGAAGCAAUCAUGGCUCUCAUCGAGCUUGCCAAUGGGACUUACACGAACAAGGCACUUAUGGUGGAGGCAGGAAUUUUAUUGCAACUACCCAAAAACGUUGAUGCUCUAGAUGAAUCAACAAGGAGCGAAUUCGGUGAAUUAUUGCUGAUGUUAUCUUCAUUAGCAAAUACAUCGUUUCCUCUAGCCUCUUCGGAAAUGGUCCCAUUUCUAGUUGGCAUUCUGGGGUCAGCUAAUUCAAGUAUUGAAACAAAAGAGACAUGUUUAGGUACUUUGCACAACCUCUCCACAGUUUUAGACAAUGCAGGACCAUUAGUCUCUAAUGGAGUAGUCGAAAUUCUCUUGAAGCUACUGCUAGUAAAGGAACUUUCUGAGAAAGCUCUUGCAACAUUAGGGAACUUGGUGGUGACAUUAAUGGGAAAGAAAGCCAUGGAACAUAGUCCAGUUUUGCCAGAGAGCUUGAUAGAGAUUUUGACAUGGGAAGAGAAACCCAAAUGCCAAGAGUUAUCAGCUUAUAUUUUAAUGAUUUUAGCCCACCAAAGCUCAGCUCAGAGAGAAAAAAUGGCUGAUUCAGGAAAUAUCCCUGUACUGCUUCAAGUGGUUUUGCUUGGCAGCCCAUUAGCUCAAAAGAGAGCAUUAAAACUAUUACAGUGGUUUAAGGAUGAGAGGCAAGCAAAAAUGGGGCCUCAUUCGGGGCCACAGACAGGAAGGAUUCCAAUGGGUUCACCUGUAAACAAAAGAGAAGCUCAAGAAGGAAAGAAAAUGAUGAAGAAUUUGGUGAAACAGAGUCUCCAUAAGAAUUUGGAAAUCAUAACAAGAAGAGCUAAUGCUGCUGAGGAUUCUUCUAAGCUCAAGGCAUUGGUAAUCAGCACAAGCUCCAAGAGUUUGCCUUACUAAUUGGAAGUAUACACAAAUUUUUAACAUACUUUUUAAUUAUUUUUUUUUUAGACUUGUAUCAUUAAAAAACAAAUGCUAUUCUUUGACAAAUAGCAUAUAUUUGAUGGGCAAGGAUUUACGAACAUUUUCCAUAGAAGGAAACAAAUUACAAAGUCCUUGAAAAAAUAGAAUGCAUUUCUUGUGCAUGUAAAGCUUUCAGCUUAUGGUCACAAUUUGUAAAUCUCAGAGAUAUUGGACUAGUAAUUUAUCCCUUCCUGCA